CGCCUGCACUCCCUCCUCCUCCUGCCCCGGCCGGGCGCCUGGCACUGGGGACCGUUGCCUGACGCGAGGCCCAGCUCUACUUUUCGCCCGCGUCUCCCUCCCGACUCUCCUCCUUCUCCACCAACUCGCAACUCCUUCGCCCUCUCACUGCACUCGCGAGCCCCCGACUCCGUGCCCCUCGGCCGGCUCCUGCAGCGCCACUUCCCGUCCCGUCGCAAAGGUGGGAGCUCGUCCGUCCCAGCUCGCACCAUGGCACGGUUGGGCAUGCCCGCGCUCCUCUGCAUCCUGGCCGUGCUCACCGCCGCACUGCUGGCUGCCGAGCUCAAUUCGAAAAGUUGCUCAGAAGUGCAACGUCUCUAUGUGUCCAAAGGCUUCAACAAGAACGAUGCCCCCCUCCACGAGAUCGACGGUGAUCAUUUGAAGAUCUGUCCCCAGGGUUAUACCUGCUGCUCUCAAGAGAUGGAGGAAAAGUACAGCCUGCAAAGUAAAGAUGAUUUCAAAAGUGUGGUCAGCGAACAGUGCAAUCAUCUGCAAGCUGUCUUUGCUUCCCGUUACAAGAAGUUUGAUGAAUUCUUUAAAGAACUACUUGAAAAUGCAGAGAAAUCCCUGAAUGAUAUGUUUGUGAAGACAUAUGGCCGUUUAUACAUGCAAAAUUCCGAGGUAUUUAAGGAUCUCUUCGUAGAAUUGAAGCGCUACUACGUGGCAGGGAACGUGAACCUGGAAGAAAUGCUAAAUGACUUCUGGGCUCGCCUUCUGGAGCGGAUGUUCCGCCUGGUGAACUCCCAGUACCACUUCACAGAUGAUUAUCUGGAAUGUGUGAGCAAGUACACCGAGGAGCUGAAGCCCUUUGGAGACGUCCCUCGGAAACUGAAGCUCCAGGUCACUCGUGCAUUUGUAGCAGCCCGCACUUUCGCUCAAGGCUUAGCAGUUGCAAGAGAUAUAGUGAGCAAAGUCUCCGUGGUAAAUCCCACAGCCCAGUGUACCCACGCCCUGUUGAAGAUGAUCUACUGCUCCCACUGCCAGGGUCUCGUGACUGUGAAGCCAUGUUACAACUACUGCUCGAACAUCAUGAGAGGCUGUUUGGCCAACCAAGGGGAUCUUGAUUUUGAGUGGAACAGUUUCAUGGAUGCUAUGCUGAUGGUGGCGGAGAGGCUAGAGGGUCCUUUCAACAUUGAAUCGGUCAUGGAUCCCAUUGAUGUGAAGAUUUCCGAUGCUAUUAUGAACAUGCAGGAGAAUAGUGUGCAAGUGUCUCAGAAGGUUUUCCAGGGAUGUGGACCCCCCAAGCCCCUCCCGGCCGGGCGAAUUUCUCGUUCCAUCUCUGAAAGUGCCUUCAGUGCUCGCUUCAGACCAUAUCACCCUGAGGAACGCCCAACCACAGCAGCUGGCACUAGUUUGGACCGACUGGUUACUGAUGUCAAGGAGAAGCUGAAACAGGCCAAGAAGUUCUGGUCCUCUCUUCCUAGCAACGUUUGCAAUGAUGAGAGGAUGGCUGCAGGAAAUGGCAAUGAGGAUGACUGCUGGAAUGGGAAAGGCAAAAGCAGGUACCUGUUUGCAGUGACAGGAAAUGGAUUGGCCAACCAGGGCAGUAACCCAGAGGUCCAAGUUGACACCAGCAAACCAGACGUACUGAUCCUUCGUCAAGUCAUGGCUCUUCGAGUUAUGACCAGCAAAAUGAAGAAUGCUUACAAUGGGAAUGACGUGGACUUCUUUGACAUCGGUGAUGAAACUAGUGGAGAAGGAAGUGGAAGUGGAUGUGAGUAUCAGCAUUGUCCUUCGGAGCUUGGGUACAACGCCAGUGACCACGCUGGGAAGAGUGCCAUUGAUAAAGCCGACAGUGCUGGUUCCUAUGCUGGGCCGCAGUCCUACCUCCUCGCUAUCUUCUGCAUCUUGUUCGUGGCUGUACAGAGAGAGUGGAGAUAAUUCUCAAACUUUGAGAAAAAGUGUUCAUCAUCAAAAAGUUAAAAGGCUCCCUUUAAUCACUUUUAUACCAUCGUAGUGACUUUGCUUUUUAAAUGAAUGGACAACGAUGUACAGUUUUUACUAUGUGGCCACUGGUUUAAAAAAAUGCUGACUUUGUUUUUUCAUUCAGUUUUGGAGGAAAAAGGGACUUGUACAUUAAGUUGGCUCCCACUCCCCCAGGAUCAUGUUAACCGUGGCUAACUGUAGGUACAGAGCUGUAGUUGGUUGUGCAUUUGUGAUUUUAUCACUCUAUUGUUUUGUUUGUUUGUUUCUCAUUUUGUCUGUGGGUAUUUUUUUCAAUUAUGAUCUCACCUUGUUUCUUACAAGAAAACCAGGGUCCUUUCUCGGCAUGUAACAUGUACGUAUUUCUGAAAUAUUAAAUAGCUGUACAGAAGCAGGUUUUAUUUAUCAUGUUAUCUUAUUAAAAGAAAAAGCCCAACAAGGAGUAAAAUUUCCAUUUAUCCCUGUUAUUUUAGUUGCCUUAUCUGGAGAGACGUGGAGGUGAUUUGGGUUCUUUAACUGUUAUUAACUUAGGACAGAAUGUGAAGGUAUAAGCGGGCUUCUGAGCCACUUGUCAGACUGUAUUCAAGCAUCACUGCAAGAAGAAGGUUAUACUUCCUUUAUAGCUGGUGAUUAGAAGAGACUGCAGACCUACCCGUUUUGGUUGAGUUGAAUUACAUAAGCUAAGAUUACGUGUAGGUCCAUUUCUUGAACCCACUUAUACUUAAAGUGUAACCCAUUCAGGAAAAGAUUCUUGAUAGAGUCUCCCUUGAAAGAUAGAAGGCAGUCAGGUUGUCCCCGUUAUCACAUAUUCACACUUGGGUUUGGGGAUUUUUUUUUUUUUUUUUUUUUUUUAACCAGGCUCAAGUUAGCAAGCCACAGGGUGCUAGUUUUCAUGUCUACACUGACCCUCUUUGAAUUUCUAUUCCAAUGGCAGCAGUAAGUGACCAAUAAUCUCAUUUGGUCUCCCUUGUUUUAGUGGUCCAGAUUUCAAACCCAGCCAUAUACAGGGAGCUGUCUGGGAGCUAGCCAGAAUUGGGGUGCAGCCUGGGCUCAGGGAAUAGCUGUCAACACUCAAGCAAAGUUUUUGUCUGUGCGUGUGUAUUUGCAUUUGUUAUUGGACCCCAGUUUGGUUUUUUUAUUUGUUUGUUUGUUUUAGGAGAGUGUAAGGUGUCUUAUUUGAGUCUUUUUCUUGCCCAGCCAACCUCUGGUCAGUACAGCAAAGGACUUGCAGUGGUUGCAGCUAUGUGCUACCCAUGUCAGCCAAGGAGCCGAGCCCCCUUGGGGGAGAACUGAGUGUCCAGAUUAUUUCAUGUGUUUUUUUGGGGGGGUGGGGUGGGGGGAUGGGGGGUAGGUAGAACUGAUAAGGCUAAGUCUUAGUGUUGACCCUUAGCCACAUGGGUGAACUGGCAAAGGCCGUAUCUGUUGUCCCAGGCCAAAGAAUAACAACUGCCUUGGCCCCUUAGGAGCCCCCUUCCUUGUGUCCUUACAAAAUGACAGCUCAUAAAACUAUGAGAAUGUAACACAUCAAUUUAAAAGGAGUUCCCAAAAGUCUUCAGAAAAUAAAAUUCUGCAAGUCUCUUCCUGCUUUAGACAGCCGUUAAGAUCCCAACUGAUUCUAUAGAAGCUAAAACCCACAGAGAGGUUGUUUGUGUUAUGGUUGGUUCAAUCUUCAGUUGUAAGAGUAAUUCUCUAUUUUUAUAUUAAAACAUUACUUGAUAGCUCAGGGUCUACAUUUCAUUCAACUUUUUACACCAAAUUCUGAAGAAUGGUCAAAAUGGAACAUUGGGGGCUGUUGUAAACAGAGGCUUAAUUUUAUUAGAAGUAGCCAGUUAUUUAUUAAAGCAUGAUGUUAAUAAAAUAGGCAUAUUCUGG